UAUAUCAACCAGCUGAAAUUGUGGUGUUCAACAUCAGUGUGAAGAUGGCGGAGGGUGAAUUGAACGUGGAUAGCCUCAUCUCUCGGCUUCUGGAGGUGCGGGGAUGUCGCCCAGGGAAGAUCGUCCAGAUGACCGAGGCGGAGGUCCGUGGCCUUUGCAUCAAGUCCAGGGAGAUUUUCCUCAGCCAGCCAAUCCUGCUGGAGCUGGAAGCUCCUCUGAAGAUUUGUGGAGACAUCCAUGGGCAGUACACCGAUCUGCUGAGGCUGUUUGAGUAUGGUGGCUUCCCUCCAGAGGCAAACUAUCUCUUCCUGGGUGAUUAUGUGGACAGAGGGAAGCAGUCCCUGGAAACCAUCUGUCUUCUGCUGGCCUACAAGAUCAAAUACCCAGAGAACUUUUUCCUGCUCAGAGGAAACCACGAGUGUGCUUCCAUCAAUCGUAUCUAUGGGUUUUACGACGAGUGCAAGCGCAGGUUCAACAUUAAGCUGUGGAAGACCUUCACAGACUGCUUUAACUGCCUCCCCAUUGCUGCUAUAAUUGAUGAGAAGAUCUUCUGCUGCCAUGGAGGGCUUUCACCUGAUUUGCAGUCAAUGGAGCAGAUCCGUCGGAUCAUGAGGCCAACAGACGUGCCAGACACGGGCCUUCUGUGCGACCUGUUGUGGUCGGAUCCGGAUAAGGACGUGCAAGGCUGGGGAGAGAACGAUCGCGGGGUCUCCUUCACCUUCGGGGCUGAUGUGGUCAGUAAGUUCCUGAACCGCCACGACCUGGACCUCAUCUGCAGAGCCCACCAGGUUGUGGAGGAUGGAUACGAGUUCUUUGCCAAACGCCAACUGGUCACACUUUUCUCUGCUCCAAACUACUGCGGGGAGUUUGACAAUGCGGGCGGCAUGAUGAGCGUGGAUGAGUCCCUCAUGUGCUCCUUCCAGAUCCUAAAGCCUUCAGAGAAGAAGGCGAAGUACCAGUACGGUGGUGUAAAUUCUGGUCGGCCUGUGACCCCACCCCGUACCACCCAAGCUCCCAAAAAGAGGUGAACACCCAGCUGUGGCUUUUCCCCCCCACUCCUUGUCAUUUUUUCCAUUCCAGAUCUGCCAUUAUGGCAACCCCAUACCGCCCCUUGAAGAGAGAAGACCCGGGGCUUAUCUGAUUGUCCAAAUCUUCCUCCUCCAUUCAGCCAGCCUCUCGUCAACACCACUGACAGCUCUUUUCUUAAUGUGUAUGUGUAUAUAAAUUUGCUGUGAUUUAUCUGUUGGGUUUUUGCCUUUGCGUUAGGAUUAUUUUGAUAUGAUUAAAAAUUAACCUUCUUGGUGGUUUUAAUUCUAAUGCUACUUGAGGUUUUCUGAGGUUCUGCUAUGUAAGGAAAUGCUUUGUUUUUGUCAAAGAACAAUGUGACCAAGUAACAAGAAGUCUUUUUUUUUUCUUUUUUUUCUUAAAAACAAAAUGAAGAUUUAACAUUAUUUUACUUGGACGCUCUUGUGUGUUUCUGUUGGGACUGAGGAUGCACUGCAGCACCAAACCAACAGACAAAGGUCUUAUUUCAACUUAUCACAGCAUGUCUAGUACUCUUAGUGGUUCUUGUGCACAAGUACGUUUUUCUAACCAUUGAUAAAGAGCACCUUCAUAUUUGUAGAACAGACCAGUUUGAAUGAACAAAUUAAGCUAUUCUGAUCGUGGACAUCAUCUAAACUAAGAAAGUAUUUUUUUUUUUCUGUGUCAGUGUGUUCACUCUUUUAUGUCCCUGUACCUCGACUCUACAUGAAGAGACCUGCCAAUUCCUCACACUAACCUGGUAUCGACUCAUUUCUGUCAUUGUCCUCCAUUCUGAUCAUUUCCCCCUCCAAUCUUCUCGUUUUGUAGUUGGAGCGAGAGAUUUGACGACUGAUUGGAAUGAGUUAUUGUCAUAGGGGUUGGCUUGCAUUGCUUAAAAGGUAACAAAAAUAAAGAUGUUACAAGCUUCAGAGACCACCCGUAAUAUUUGAACUAUUUAUUUAUCAAGUUUGCUUAAUAUUAGCUUUCUUCUCACCCAUUUAGUCGAGGUACAAGGUGUAAAAAAACUAGCAGAGCUGGUAGUGGGCGGGUAGUCUUAGCUUUGCUGUGUGAUUGUGUUGCCACCUGGUGUGUCAGUUUGACACUACGGCGCAAAAACAGUGUAUGCCUCGUGUUACAGUAAGUAUCCAAAUAAAUGGGAAAGGAUUUUUCAUGACAUUGCCAGUAUAAAAUAUGGUGUUGCUUGGUGUUACCACAGUUACACUGACCAGCAUGAAGGCUGGUUGGUGUCAUCUUUAGUUUCUGCUGCUCAUAAGAUGCUUUUGCAUUUCUAAAUGAAGCACUUACUACUUCGCCUUUUUUUUUUUUUUCUUUUUUUCCAUUUUCUUUUGUUGUAUUUAUGUUUUUUCACUAUCAAUUACUUUCAAUUUGCUUAACUUAUUUCCUUGGUGUUACCAAAAGCCGUUUUGCAGUUUGUAAAAGUUUAUUUGAAAGUGAAUACAUUCAAUAAAAUUGAUGAAAGGAA